AUUAACUAAGCUUCCCAACAAUGUCUCCCUCUCCAUCACUUCUCUCCUUUUACCUUCUAAGCUUUGCUCUUGCUCUCCAAUCGGUCUUCGGACUCGAUCCUCUUUUCUACACUUGUUCAAAAUCAAACAAUUUCACUGCCAAUGGCCCUUAUGAAUCAAACCUGAACAACCUCAUGGGGUAUCUCUAUUUGAAAUCACCCAGCACAGGUUUUGGAAAUGGCUCAAUAGGCCAAGAACCAAACCAAGUUUACGGGCUCGCUCUAUGUAGAGGUGAUGCCUCGGCUUCAGACUGUAAAUCCUGUAUUGCUCAAGCAAGCUACGAUGGUCGCCAAAGAUGUCCGGACAACAGGGGAGCAGCAAUCUGGUACGAUUAUUGCCAACUGAAGUAUUCGGACCAGGACUUCUUUGGUCAGAUUGAUGAUGAGAUCAAGUACAUUUUGUACAAUACGCAGAAUGUUAGUGAUCCAUUGGCGUUUAAUCAAGGGACGAGGACAUUGCUGACGAAUCUGGCCGAAGAAGCUUCUCUUACACCGAAAAUGUAUUCGGAGGGAGAGGUUGAGUUUGGAUUGGAGAAAAUUUACGGGUUGGCUCAGUGUACUAGAGAUCUUUCAAGUUACGAUUGCAAGAAGUGUCUUACUGAUAUAAUUGGAGAGAUUCCGAGCUGCUGUGAUGGGAAAAAAGGUGGCAGGGUUGUGACCGGGAGUUGCAACAUAAGAUAUGAGAUGUACCCAUUUGUUAAUGCUUGAUAUAUAUUUGGGGUUGGGAUCAUUAUAUAUAUAUAUGUGUAUGUAUGUAUCGAUAUUAUGAAUAAGUGUUCUAGCUAAGAACACUCUCAUAUAGUUUUUUUUAAUAUUUCAUUUGUAUUCUUUCAUUAUAUAUAAUGAAUUGUUA